AUCUGUAAUAUUUUGCAGCGGUUCUCACUUUUCUUGUUCUGUAAUACUGUAAUACAAAGUCAAAAAUAAUGUUGCCUUGCCACUGAAUGCUUGCCACUGAGUGAUUGCUUGCACACCUUCAGUCACUCCGUUUGAGUAAAAUUUGAAAAUUGGUAGAAUCCAGUAUACCGCAAAUAUGGGAAGACUGCAUACAUUUUUAUUUUUUGUCUUUGCUGUUGUUACAACUUACGCUUCGGCAACAUUAGAUAUUGCUUUGAUAGAAUUUUUUCUGUCGACUGGAAAUAAGUUGACAGCAGCUCAAAGCGCACCUGCUGUCUUUGACAAAGGAGAAGAGCUCUUGCGGACGAAUUACGGUUCGUUCAUGAAUGUGACAGGAUCACGGUUUUAUCGCGAAGAUGUGACAAAUUGUAUCGACAUGGCCCCAAAAGCACUUAACUGGGCUGCUCGAUAUUAUUACACACAAACCACCGGCAAUCCUGUUUUGGCCAUGCUUGGUCCAGAGUGUGCAGUGGCAGCAACAUCCUUGGCCAGUUUGGCAACAGAAUGGAAAAUACCAAUGCUGAUGCCAAAUCCAGGAGACCCUGCUUUUUCAAACAAGCGACGCUAUCCCACACUGACGCGGAUUUCCCCGUUUCUUCCGGAUGAUGUCAACCAAGUUCUGUACAAGAUAUUGAGUGGUUUUGGCUACGAUACAGUAGGGAUUUUGUGCGAUGACACGGACGAUAGCGGUAGAACUGGGAGGUCUCCUGCUUCCUCUUUCGUUGUACCAAUGUGUACAUCCGUCUUCGACACUUUGCGGUUGAAUUAUAAUUUAAGUGUCAGCCGGUUCUACAUCACUGGCAACGACAGGCGGAAUACGAUGCACUAUUUGGAAGAAAUCAGGUCCAUUGCCCGAGUUGUCGUCAUCAUUGCACAUGGCAGCCGCAUUCGACCCAUCAUGCUGGCUGCUUCCGAUGCGCAGAUGACAAACGGCGAUUAUGUAUAUUUCGCAUUUGAGCCUUUUCGAAGUCCAGAAAUGGUCGGUAACAUCACCUGGCGUUCGGACAGCUCUGAUGGACGAGACGAAGACGCUCGUACGGCGUUUCGCUCACUUUUCAAAAUAUCAACGCGUCCCGAAGAAUCUCCAGAGUAUCGCAACUUUACCAAAGAGCUGAAGCGACUUACCAAAGAAAAAUAUAGCUACGAAUACGCUACUGGAGAGGAGGUCAAUCCCUUCACUAUGGCUUACUACUACGCACUAUCCAUUUAUGGCCAGGUUCUAAGCGAAAUGGCGACGUCGGGAGUUGGUGGGAAUCCGCGCGAUGGUGUGGAAGUUUCCAAGCGAAUGCGGAAUCGUACGUUCACCAUCCUUGGACAGGAUAUUUUCAUAAAUGCUAAUGGAGACCGUGAAUCAGACUGGGUUCUCAGCCAACCGGACGAUAAUGGCAAUUUUAAGCCCGUUAUGGAGUAUUCGGCUCGGCAGCGAGUUCUUCAGCCAAGCCGCGAUCCAGUGGAUAACAGCACUCGUCAGAUUGUAUGGCCGAAUAAGCGCAACAGUCCGCCGUUGAAUGAACCACUUUGCGGCUACCGGGGAACAAAAUGCGUAUCUGGUGGUGGAGGAGACAGGAAUGCUUUUCGGGUUGUUGUUGCGGAUGUAUUGCAGGGGACGGCAAGCCGGCAACAGGAUUCACCUAUCCAGAGUGCCCUGAACUCCACAGUAAAUUUAAUUCAACAGUUUUCUUCGGUCUUGAACCAGUACAGAAGCAUUUUCCACAUUUAACAAUGACAAGGACAACCGUCUCUAGCUGCUUUUACAAAUAAUCCGUAUAUGUUGCAAAAGCAGCGACUGAUUUUUUUGGGAAUGGUCUGCUUACUAAAGCUGCUAGCCCGUCAACGCAUUAGCAUCAGUAUAAAGGCGGCAUCUGUCCAAAAACAGGCAAAAUCAUAACAUAUUGUAUAACUGUUGAUGACUGCAUUUCUUUCUCAGAAUCGUAAAUAACAAUUUCCGAAAACGGCUUUGUUAUGUGACGCGGUGUUGAUCUUCAUUCAUUUACUGUAUCCAGUAUGGCUGCAUUGCCAUGACUAGAUUGUCGGCCAAACCGGCAUUUUUUUG